AUGGAUAACGAGUGGAAGAGCGCAAAGUCGAAAUUAGAAAAUCUUUUCCCUGACAGCAAGAUGCGUGGUGAAAUCAAAGGUCAACUUCUAGGGAUGGAUAUGAAGAACCGACUUGAAUAUUUCGAAGGAGAUGACGAAGAAAUUAAGGCUUCCCUUAAUACACUCCUAUUUGGAGAACAGGAUUUAGAAUUCAACCUGCGACCUGGAAUAUCUCCUAAAGAUAAUACAUACGCUUGUAAGAAAAAAGAUAUUAAUCUCGAAUGGUCAGAUAUAUCCAAAGACCUUAUAGGAGUUUUGUGCCUACCAGAUAACGUUUUUUUUCUGGGUGACGAAGGAUUAGGAUCAUUCCUCAUAAUUCGAGACUGCUACAAAGAACUCAUUAUUGAGAUGUUUAAACGGGAUAUAUCCAAAUUUGGAUGUAUUAUCACAGGUACACCCGGCAUAGGUAAAACAUAUUUUGGGCUGUACCUUCUAUAUUACAUUCAUUUACAUCAUCCAAAUGCCACGAUUGUCUGGCAAUUAGCUGAUUCAGAUACUCACCAAUGCUAUCAAUUUAUGCCAGACGGUAACAUUCUAGUUGGAAGCAUAGAACAAUUUUAUGAUUCAAUUUCGAACAAGAACAACUAUUACAUUGUAGAUGCUCAGAAACCUGAGAAAAGUAGCGCAUAUGUUAUUCUGUUGACGCCUCCGAAAGCAGAGUUAUACAACUCUCUAUGGAAGUCAGAAGGUAUUACUAAGUACUACAUGCCGAUCUGGAACGAUGAAGAAAUAAUUACACUAUGGAACGUCCGUUAUAAGGAAAUGAAGGGCGAAAAUGGAGAUACAUUUACAUAUGAAAAAUUUGAGGUGUUGAUGGGAAGAUGGGGUUUAAUACCUCGAAUCCUUAGGAAGUGGAAAGAUGAACUAUAUAGCGAAACAGAGUUCGAUAAACUGAUCAAUGAAGUUGAACUUAUGAAGUGUUUAAAGUCUGUCAAUGAGGAAGGAAUGUCAAAGGACUCUGCAAGUGGCAGACUUAUUCAUAUUAUUGUAGAACCAAACUUUAGAAAAUAUAAAUUUUGUUUUGCUUCAUCAUUUGUUUCGGAUAGUUUGAUAAAUGCCUAUGAGCGUUACCAUCAUUCUAGCGUUCGUGAUUUUCUCCAAAGCAGUUACAGUGAGCCGAAAGCUUCUGGACUUCGAGGUAACCUUUUUGAGGAUUAUGCCCAUAGGCAAUUGCAAAAGGGCGGUACAUUUAGAAUUCGCGAACUUAUUAGAGGAGAGAUCUCAACAGAGAUAGUGGAUAAAGAAAUGGACAAUCUAUGUUACAAUUGGUUUGAUACGCUGAAGGAUGUAGAUGCAUGUUCUUAUAAUAGACCUCGAUCGAGAAUAUUUGAAACGACAGAUUCUUUUGUUUUUAAUAGCCAAGAGAGCACUUUAGACUUAUUUCAAGUUACUGUAUCAAAAGUUCAUGGUGCAAAGGUGAAAGGGUUAGAGAAAAUCAAAACCCAUGUGUGGAAUGGUAAUAUAAAAUUAUAUUUUGUGGUUCCAUCUGACAAAUUCGACGAUUAUCCUUGGCAAAGCUAUAGGGGUUCCAAUAACCUUGUCAGUUAUAGUCAUUCAUCAUGGAUCAAUGAUCUAAAACAAUACGUACUAGAUAUAAAUGUACAUGAAUUCUACAGCAAUAAUGAGUAA